UGCCCGGCUCGGCCCCUCGCAAGUUUCCACAGGGCACCGCCACGGAGUUGCGCGGGGCGGGGGGCGGCCCCGCUCUCCCCGUCUGUCCAUCCGUCCGCCCGUCCGUCCGUCCGUCCGCCGCCCUCCUCCCGGAGGAUGCGGCGCGCCUAACCCCGGCCGAGGCGGUGGGGCCGCAGCGGGGGCAGGGGCAGCCCUCCGCCGGAAAACUCCGCGCCGCCCUCCUUCCUCCUCCUCCUCCUCUUCCUCCUCCUCCUCCUCCUCCUCCCGCUCGCAGCCCCGGCGCGGAGCGAUGCUCUCGGGGCCGGCGGGCGGCGAUGGAGCGGGGCGGUAGCGCGGAGCCGCCGAGCACCGCGGCCCCUGGGGCGGCUGCCCGCGGCCCCUGAGCGCCGGCAGGAGGAGGAGGAGGAGGAAGAGGAAGGCCGGGGGCAGGCGGCGGAGCGCGGCCAUGGAGGAGUGGCGGCAGUGCGGCCGCUGGCUCAUCGACUGCAAAGUUUUGCCCCCGAACCACCGGGUGGUCUGGCCCUCGGCCGUGGUGUUCGACCUGGCGCAGGCGCUGCGGGACGGGGUGCUGCUGUGCCAGCUGCUGCACAACCUGUCCCCCGGCUCCAUCGACCUCAAGGACAUCAACUUCAGGCCGCAGAUGUCCCAGUUUCUGUGUUUGAAGAACAUCCGGACCUUCCUGAAAGUGUGCCACGACAAAUUUGGGUUAAGGAACAGCGACCUCUUUGAUCCCUUUGACCUCUUCGACGUGCGGGAUUUUGGGAAGGUGAUCUCUGCAGUAUCCAGGCUCUCCUUCCACAGUAUUGCUCAAACCAAAGGAAUUAGGCCCUUCCCUUCGGAGGAGACCACGGAGAAUGACGAUGACGUGUACCGGAGCUUGGAGGAGCUGGCAGACGAACACGAUCUGGGCGAGGACAUCUACGACUGCGUCCCCUGCGAGGAUGAGGGCGAUGAUAUCUACGAGGAUAUCAUCAGAGUGGAGGUUCAGCAGCCCAUGAUUAGAUACAUGCAGAAAAUGGGAAUGACAGAGGAUGACAAAAGGAACUGCUGUUUGCUAGAAAUCCAAGAAACUGAGGCCAAAUACUACAAAACCCUCGAAGAUAUAGAAAAGAACUACAUGAACCCCCUGAGGCUGGUACUGACUCCCCAAGACAUGGAAGCUAUUUUUAUCAAUUUGGAGGACCUAAUUAAAGUGCACUUCAGUUUCCUGAGAGCCAUCGAUGUCUCGAUGAUGUCUGGAGGAAGCAGCCUGGCAAAAGUGUUCCUGGAGUUCAAAGAGAGGCUGCUGAUUUAUGGCAAGUACUGCAGCCACAUGGAAUAUGCCCAGAACACCCUGAACCACCUCCUUGCCAACCGGGAGGACGUGCGGCAGAAGGUGGAGGAAUGCACACUAAAGGUCCAGGAUGGGAAAUUCAAAUUGCAAGAUCUGCUGGUGGUUCCAAUGCAAAGAGUUCUGAAGUAUCAUCUCCUGUUAAAAGAGCUGCUCAGCCAUUCCUCAGACCGGCCAGAGAAGCAGCAGCUGAAGGAGGCUCUGGAGGCAAUGCAGGACUUGGCCAUGUACAUCAAUGAAGUCAAGAGGGACAAAGAGACUUUGAAGAAAAUAAGUGAAUUUCAGAGCUCUAUAGAAAAUCUGCAGGUGAAGCUGGAGGAGUUUGGGAGGCCCAAGAUCGACGGGGAGCUCAAGGUGCGCUCCAUAGUGAACCACACCAAGCAGGACAGGUAUUUAUUUUUAUUUGAUAAAGUGGUGAUCGUCUGCAAAAGGAAAGGAUACAAUUAUGAGCUGAAGGAAAUUAUUGAGCUGCUCUUCCACAAGAUGACUGAUGACCCGAUGAAUAACAAGGACAUUAAGAAGUCCCAUGGAAAAAUGUGGUCCUACGGCUUCUACCUGAUCCACCUCCAGGGCAAGCAGGGCUUCCAGUUCUUCUGCAAGACUGAGGAGAUGAAGAGGAAGUGGAUGGAGCAGUUUGAAAUGGCCAUGUCCAACAUCAAGCCAGAGAAAGCCAAUGCAAAUCACCACAACUUCCAGAUGUACACAUUUGAGAAGACAACCAACUGCAAAGCCUGCAGGAUGUUCCUGAGAGGAACCUUCUACCAGGGCUAUCUUUGCCCCAAAUGUGGAGCAGGUGCUCACAAGGAGUGCUUGGAGAUUAUUCCUCCCUGCAAGAUGGGUUCUUCAGCAGACCAGGAUUCACUGGGUGCAGGACCUGGUCCUAAAAUGGUGGCUGUUCAGAAUUACCAUGGAACCCCAGCCCCUCCUGGGAAGCCAGUGCUGACCUUUCAGAUUGGGGACGUGAUGGAGCUGCUGAGGGGGGACCCCGACUCGCCGUGGUGGGAGGGGAGGCUGCUGCAGACAAAGAAGUCGGGUUAUUUCCCCAGCUCCUCAGUGAAACCCUGCCCCGUGGAUGCCAGGCCCCCCAACAGCCGGCCGCCCUCGCGGGAGAUCGACUACACAGCGUACCCGUGGUUUGCAGGGAACAUGGAGAGGCAUCAGACAGACAACCUGCUCAAGUCUCACGUCAGCGGCACCUACUUGAUCCGGGAGCGGCCAGCUGAGGCCGAGCGCUUUGCCAUCAGCAUUAAGUUCAACGAGGAGGUGAAGCACAUCAAGGUGGUGGAGAAGGACAACUGGAUCCACAUCACGGAAGCCAAGAAGUUCGAAAGCUUGCUGGAGCUGGUUGAGUACUACCAGAGCCACUCGCUGAAGGAGAGCUUCAAGCAGCUGGACACAACUCUGAAAUACCCCUACAAAUCCCGGGAGCGCUCUACCUCCAGGACCUUCACCCGCUCCCCAGCCUCCUGCGCUUCCUACAACUUUUCUUUUCUCAGUCCUCAGGGCCUCAACUUUUCUUCUCAGAGCUCCUCCAGUCCCUUCUGGUCAGUGUUCACCCCCCGGGUCAUAGGCACGGCCGUGGCACGGUACAACUUCGCGGCGCGGGACAUGCGCGAGCUGUCGCUGCGGGAGGGGGACGUGGUGAAGAUCUACAGCAGGAUUGGAGGGGACCAGGGAUGGUGGAAAGGGGAGACCAACGGAAGGGUGGGCUGGUUUCCCUCGACCUACGUGGAGGAGGAGGGCGUGCAGUGAGCGCGGCCGCGGCCGCUGGAAGUCGUCGAGUGCCCGGAGCCAGCAGCUGCAGCCUGAGCACACUGUCCCCGUGCUGGACACCUCCCAGGACUGCCCCUGCAGCCCCUCACGACCCCCCCUGCGUGCAGGCUGCCCCGGCCUGGCCCCUGCUCCGUGUACAGAAGAUUGCUGGGCUGUGGGAUGGCGCCGGUGGAGAGCCCCGGGAGAGCCGCGCUCUCCCCGAUGGACAGAGCUCAGAGACUCUGGGUGCCCAGCAGGGCCUGGGCACUGCACCCCUCUUGUGCCAGGGGGUUUUAACAGCCACCCUGGGGAUGCUGGAGGGAGGCUGAGGCAGGUUUUGUGCCUGGGUGAGAAUUUGGGGAGGGGGUCCAGGGGAGGGAGCCCCAAGGAGGCAAUGCAGACCCCCUGCCACACCACUCACGGGGUUCCCAGGUCAGGAUUUUGGCAGUGGCCCUGGCAGCCAUGGGCAGCACUGUGCUGUGGCCAGGGUGAGGGGCAGGGUGGGCACACCUGGCCCAGAAGGAGGAGAGGGCUGUGACCAUUUUGACCCUCAGGUGUGGGCUGGAAGUGGACCUCCAGGUCAGCCAGGAGGGCAAAAAGCCAUUUUGGCACCCCGAGCCCAUUUUCUUUGCAGUCACCUCAGUCCCACCAGCCUUGCUGCAGGCAGGGGGGUGCCCAGAGAGCUGACUGGUCCCACUGGUGAGCAGGAGGUCUCAGUGCAUUGCAGAUGUGCUCCACACAAGGGUUUCAGAGGCCACCAAGGCACCAGGUCCAUGCAGAGGACGUGUCCCUGGGUCUGUCCUCCCCAAGCCAGGCUGAUUUUCCUUGCAGCUGUGACAAUUCCCACCUCGUGAGCUCAGGGUGAACCCACCUGAAUAAGGGCUACGCUAUCAAGUCCUGAAUCCUGUCCCUGAGCUGUGAAAGCAUCUCCUCUUCCCAGCUGUGUGCACUUUUGGGGGCUGGCAGCAUUGCCCCUGCUCUUCCUCCCACAGGCUGUUCCUGCUGCUGCUGUCAAGUAAAGGUCCUUGUGUUGUGACAUUCCCACUGUGUCCUGAGCACCCUCUGUCCUUCCCAAAGUGCAAAUACAAACAAAAUACACGUGUGGGAGCGUGGCAGGGAACAGCUUCCCUGUGUCUGAGCCCCAGGAGCUGCCUCUCUGAAUUCGUGGCAUUUUGAGCUGGUGCUUCCAUGCCCUGAUGUUGUUCCCCUGGGAUUUGGGGUGUUCCUGCUGUGGGAUCCUGCUGCAAGUCUGAGAGAUGCCAGUUUUGGCUGGGUGAGCAGUGCUGCUGGUAUGGGGGUCUGCAAACAGAGCAGCAGAACCACGUUUGGGGUAAGAAAUGGAAGAGUUUGGAUCUCUCAAGGAUGAGGAAAUGAUGCUGACUUGGGAAUUCCAUGCUGCUGCUCAGUGAGAAGCCCAGAGCCACCCUGCUUUGCUCCUGGAGCUCUGGGAGUGUGAGGUGUGUGCAGCAGGAGGUGACAGGGACAAGGGGGGCUCAGGGCAUUCCCAAGGUACUGUUUGGUGCUAACCCCUCCCAGGCAGCCCCUCCAUGGCCAGCUUGAGGGGGGCAGCCAGCAGGGAGCUGGCAAUUCCCUCCUGUGCAGAGCAGAGGGUGCCACUGUCCCCUUGUCCCAUUGCAGAGGCUGUGCUGGAGCUGAGGGGACAAUUUGGGUGGGUGGGACACACAAACUCCUGCUGGCUCCUGUUCUGCCUCACAUCCUAAAGCCUUACAGCCCCUCCUGUUGAACGUGGCCAAGUCUGUAAGGUGGCAAGGGCAUCACCUGGGGAGAGCACAGCCCUGCCACAGGGACCAGGCCACCUGUGUCCCCCAAAGGGACCCCCACCCUCUGCCUGCCCUGCCAAACCCCCCCAGCCCCUGAGAGCUCUCCCUCUUGUGUUUACUGGUGUAAGAAACUUGUUAAAAAAAAAAAAGAGAUUGUUCUGUUUGUAAGUAAUUAUUCAGCCAUUUGCCACAAAUAUAUCUGUGAAUAAGAAAGGGAAAUGUUUUUUUAUGAUGGCGAGAAAAUUGGAUGUAUUAUUUUAGGUCGUCGCAGAUCGUUCGGAAUUGCAAUGGGAUAUGUUGGAAAAUAAUAUGUAAAUUCCUUGGGUUUUUCCUUUGCACUGCACUAACUGGGCUAGGGUGGAGGGGGUUUAAAGAUAAAACUGUUUGUUUAAUGGAAUAGUUUAUAGCUGGGAAUUUGGAAAUCAUUUGGAAUAGCUUGUAAUGCUGGAAUAGAAACUUUAGCUGCUACUUAGAAACCCUUUUGCAUGUGGUUUUUCCAGGCCUUUUUUAAGUUACAACUCAUCAAAGUAAAUUCCCCAACGGAGAAAAAAAAAUCCCAAAAAUAAAGUGUAAUUUUGCUGA